AUGCUCUCCUCAUUCUUCCUCCAGUCUCUCUUAUUUAUCAUCUUCAUCCAUUCAUCAUCAUCUCCCUCCCAAUUCAUUCCGGAUCUGGGUCUGGAUCCGGAUCCGGGUCUGGAGGGCCAAUGGCAGCUCCUCCACAAAAGCGUCGGCAUUUCCGCCAUGCACAUGCAGCUCCUGAGGAACAACAAGGUUGUCAUCUUCGAUCGCACCGAUUUUGGCUCGUCAAAUCUGACGCUCCCCGCUGGCCAAUGCCGCUUCGAUCCCAACGAAAAGGUGCUCCUAACGGAUUGCUCGGCGCACUCCAUUUUGUACGACAUCUAUACUAAUCGAUACCGGCCCUUAAUGGUCCAAACCGAUACUUGGUGCUCCUCCGGCACCGUUCUCCCUCAAGGCACCCUCGUCCAGACCGGAGGGUUCAAUGACGGCGACCUCGUUGUCAGGACAUUCGACCCAUGUAAUGGAGAGUUUUGUGAUUGGAUCGAAUUCCCGGGAUACUUGUCUAAACGUAGGUGGUAUGCGUCCAACCAACUACUACCCGAUGGGCGAGUGAUCAUAGUUGGUGGUCGAGACCAGUUCAACUACGAAUUCUACCCGAAGAUCUUCCCGGGCGAAUUCAGACCGUUAUACUUUCUUAAAGAGACCAAAGACGAGUACGAGAAUAAUCUCUACCCUUUCGUCCAUUUACUACCCGACGGGAACCUCUUCAUCUUCGCCAACACGCGCGCCAUCCUCUACGACUACAUCAACAACCGCCUUAUCACCGAGUUCCCGCCCAUCCCCGGCGGCGACCCCCGCAACUACCCCAGCUCCGGCUCCUCCGUCCUGCUCCCUCUCGACGACCAAAACCUCCAACCCGAAAUCAUCAUCUGCGGCGGCGCUCCGCAACGCGCCGUCGAGCGCGCAAUCCAGGGGGCCUUCCUCCGCACGACCUCCACUUGCGGCCGCCUGAAAAUUAAACCCACCGCCACCUGGACAAUGGAGAACAUGCCAUUGCCGCGGGUCAUGGGCGACAUGCUCAUCCUACCCGACGGGAACCUAAUCAUAAUCAACGGUGCUGGGUCGGGGGUCGCCGGCUGGGAAUCCGCGAGAGACCCGGUCACCCGGCCCGUCAUUUACCGCCCCGGAUACCGCGCUGGCAGCAGGUUCGCCGUCAUGGCGGAAGCUGCACGGCCGCGGCUGUACCACUCGACGGCGAUCCUGCUGACGGACGGGCGGGUGCUCGUUGGCGGGAGCAACCCGCACGUGUACUACAAUUUUACGGGAGUCGAUUACCCGACCGAUUUGAGCCUUGAGGCGUUCACGCCGCCGUAUUUGUCGCCAUUAUACGAUUCGCUCCGGCCGAGAACGGUCGAGUUGAGCCGGGAGAUCAUCGGGUACAAUCGACCGUUCUCGGUGGACUUCGAGGUUUCGGGGUUUUUGAAAAUGGCGGUUGUUACCGUGCGGAUCGUGGCACCGGCGUUCAAUACGCACGCGUUCUCAAUGAAUCAGAGGAUGGUGGUGCUGAAGGUGGCGCGGGUUUCGUGGAUGCGUGAGAAUGUGUACUGUGUGUCGGCGGUUGGGCCGUCGACGGCGGAGGUUGCGCCGCCGGGAUACUAUCUGUUGUUUGUGGUGCACGGCGGGAUACCUGGUGCCGGAAUGUGGGUUAAGAUUCAGUAA